AGCACUCUAUUAGUUUACGCCCUUCCGUGGUUGGGGGUGUCUUGUUCUGUGUACGAUUUAUGUUUUUGAUAAAUCCUGUUUAAUCGGUAUGGAUAGUCAAGGAAGAAAAGUAAUUAUAUGUGAUAAUGGAACAGGGUUCGUCAAAUGCGGGUACGCCGGUUCAAAUUUUCCAGCUUUCAGAUUCCCAUCACUCGUUGGAAGGCCUAUUCUUCGAGCGGCGCACAAAAUCGGCGACAUCGAAGUCAAGGACCUAAUGGUUGGUGACGAAGCUUCGAAGUUGCGUUCUAUGUUGGAGGUCGAGUAUCCCAUGGAAAAUGGCAUUGUGCGGAACUGGGAAGACAUGUGCCACAUUUGGGACUACACCUUUGGGGAUCACAAGAUGAACAUCAACCCCAGAGAUUGCAAAAUCCUCCUCACAGAACCUCCCAUGAACCCCGUCAAGAACAGGCAGAAAAUGAUCGAAGUCAUGUUCGAAAAGUACCAGUUUGACUCUGCAUACAUCGCCAUUCAGGCUGUGCUCACCCUCUAUGCUCAAGGUCUCUACACUGGCGUAGUUGUAGAUUCCGGGGACGGGGUCACACACAUCUGCCCAGUCUACGAAGGUUUUGCCCUCACAAAUCUGACACGUAGGUUGGACAUUGCUGGACGAGACAUUACGCGGUACCUUAUCAAGUUGCUGCUUCUCAGAGGCUACGUCUUCAACCACUCUGCGGACUUCGAGACCGUUCGGAUGAUCAAGGAGAAGCUCUGCUACGUUAGCUAUAAUGUCGAGCAGGAACAGAAACUGGCGCUCGAGACAACAUUCCUUGUUGAGUCUUACACGCUUCCAGAUGGGCGUGUCAUCAAACUCGGAGGUGAGCGUUUCGAGGCACCCGAAGCCCUCUUCCAGCCUCACCUCAUCAACGUGGAAGGUCUCGGAGUAGCCGAGCUACUGUUCCAGACAAUCCAGAGCGCGGACAUGGAUGUUCGAGCUAAGCUGUAUCGACACAUCAUCCUCUCUGGAGGCUCCACCAUGUACCCCGGGCUGCCCAGUCGUCUCGAGAGAGAAACGAGACAGCUGUACCUCGAAAGGGUACUCAAGGGAGACACUGAAAGUUUGAUGAAAUUCAAGAUACGCAUCGAAGAUCCUCCAAGACGCAAAGAUAUGGUGUUUAUCGGAGGGUCAGUUUUGGCCGAAGUUAUGAAGGACAACCCCAAAUUCUGGAUGACUCGAGAAGAGUACGAAGAAAAGGGAAUGAAGGUCCUCGACAAACUCCUUUCCAUGCCAGCGGACCAUUGAGCUUGGUUUGUCUAGCCAAAUGAGUGCUGAACGGUGGAAGAAGGUUGGGCUGGAUCCAGCAGUCAAGAUGUUUAGAGUGAAAUAGUGGAAGAUGUGGAUGAAGACCGCAGUUUUCUGCCGUUCAUGAACAAGCAGAACAUUGCACGUUUUCUUCCACGAAUGAAUGCCUGUUGCCCAUAAUGGCAACUUCCUCCCGAAAAGGGAGCAAUUUUAAAACUACACGCUGUUGCUACCGGCGGUUGCCGUUCGUGAGGUAAAUCUGAUACGAAACUGGGAAAAAUAGUCAGAUCUGGCUUAAAACAAUUUUUUGUUGACCAUGAUUUGUUUUGCAAUACUGUCUUGAAAGUGCAAGCUGCAGAGCAGUAUGACUUGCAGACUGUACAAUAAAGGUUGUAUUCUUGUCACAAUAGGCACAGACAACUCGGAAAGAAAAGUUGUCAAUUUCGAGAGAGAUAUUCGAGUGAUUGUAAAUAAAAUAUUGGACGAUCCAGGA